AUGGUGUCCAGUGUCGCGGCCUCAGAUGUCUCACCUCAGUCCAAUGGCCAUGGCGAAAAGCGUAAAGCCGAAGGUGACCCAACAGCUGAGAAGCAACCUCACAGCAGGUCCAAAAGAAACAGAUAUAUUUCCAUCGCAUGUAAUGAAUGCAAGCGUCGCAAGAUCAAAUGCAAUGGCCAGACACCCUGUCAGCGAUGCGGAAACCUCUCCCUCGAGUGUAUCUAUGCUCCCAACUGCUGCACAAACUCUCUCAAGGACUCGGCGGAGUUCAAACAGAUGCGCGACCAUAUUGCCGCCCUCCAAGAGCAAGUCAACGACCUUUGCGCCAGUCUGAAUGACCUCCGAAGCAGAUCGGACUCUCUCUACUCUGCGCCCAUCGAUCCUCAUUUCUCCCAAGAUGGCUCGAAUCGCUCUCUGUCCAUGUCUGUUUCCCGAACACUCCCUCCGCUGAUCUCGCCCCGGAGACCGCCACCAAAAGCCCUACCGCAAUUCCACGGUCCAACAAGUACAUUAUACGGAUUGGAUGUUGCCAAAUCCUCCCUUCAGACGAUGGGAAUUACACAUAAUGCUCCAGAUGAUGAUCUGAUGUCGCGCGAACGAUCCCGAGCCGCCUCGCCGGUCCUUUCGCUUCCUCCGCAUCCAAGCAAAGAUCCGCUGUGGUUGAUCGAACAUUCCGAGGUGGUCCGUUUGUGUCGAGUCUAUGAAGAGGAAAUCGGCAUCAUGUACCCCGUGGUAGAUAUUGACAAGGUGCUGAAACAUGCCCACUCGCUGUACAAGUUCAUUGGUGCAUCUCUUCGGACUGGGUUUGGCCAGCCAGGUCUUCCGGGUGCCGAUACGUUUGACGACGAAGAGACCACUGUCCUGAAAAUGAUCCUCGCCAUCACCAUGACUGUAGAAGGCCACGGUCGUAGUGACUUGGGCCAAAGAUUCUUUGAUGCCGCGAAGCCAGCUACGGAUCUAAAGCUCGUCACGGCCUUGGACGUCAAAUCGGUGGUCUUGACGGUCCUGACGGCCACUUUCUAUUUCCAGAAGGAUGAAGAAGCACAGGCGUGGCGGUUCAUUGGCAUUGCGGCUCGGAUGUGCAUAGAGAUGGGUCUUCACAGAAAGGAUUCCCUGCUCAAAUCCUUCAUCAACGAAGCCGAGUAUCAACAAGCCAUUCGAAUCUUCUGGACAGUAUAUGCUCUUGAUCGACGCUGGAGUUUUGGAACCGGAAUGCCUUUCGCAUUGCAAGAUGCUGACAUUGAUCCAAGUUUGCCGGAACCUGACGAGAGCCAUCCAUACUUGAGACACAUUACCAAAUACAACCAGAUUGCAACCAAACUUUGGUACCAUAACCUCGCCUACGAAGCAGGACGGAAUACCAAAAAGGACGAAAUUGGCUUUUUGGACUACCAGAUCCUCCAAUGGUACCAGCAGCUUCCUGAAUCAAUGCAGUUCAACAACCGAGAUCUUGUUCGAGAGAGCGAGAUUCCGGGACGGGGUGUCCGGCGUCUUCGCUUGUUGAUGUAUCUGCGGAGGAAUCAAGCACGCAUUUCCAUUUAUCGACCCAUUCUUCAUUCGGCCACCAGCAUCAUGGAAAAUCGCCAUUACGCUCAAAACGUCAUUGACGUCGCCAAAGACACAAUCAACACCCUCACGGGGAUCAACCAGAUAUCCGAUAUUUACAAGACGCAGCAAGUCCUUUACAACUAUUUCCUGGUCCAAGCCUUGGCUGUGCUUUUCCUCUCUGUGGCACACGCUCCAGCAAUCUUUUGCUCACAAACGAGGCAAGAGUUCUAUGCUGCCAUCGAGAUUGUCAAAGGUUUCAGUACGAAAUCUCAUGUGUCGAAGCGUCUCUGGAGGACAAUCCGCGGUCUGAAAGAUAUGGGCGAUAAGAUCGGCCUCCUAGCACGCGGAGGCAAUUCUCUGAACGAUUCUGAGCAAGAUACUGCUCAUUCAGAUGCCGCGGUUGCCAUGGCUGGUCUGGCUGGACACAAGGUCGACUACUCAUCUUUUGAGAAUCCGCCUCAGAAAAAUGGACAUGAAGAGCUUGGAGUCAGUCCUGACGAUGCACUUCAGAUCACCAAUGAAUUAUCGAGUUUGUUUGAGCUGGCCGGAGGAUACGGAGCUACCACUCCCGGACCAGACGCCUUCAAUUUUGUCGGUGCGAACGGGGACACAAAUUUGGGAGAAGGCUUCACUGCGUUUGGAAACGAACCGGAACUGACGAGAAUCAUGAAUGAAUUGUUUUGA